AUGCAAUUUAUAUAUGUUUUGCCUGGUUGGGAAGGUUCAACACAUGAUGGUCGUGUGCUUCGAGAUGCAAUCUCAAGGAACCAAGGUCUACGAGUCCCUCGCGAUUGUUAUUAUUUAGUUGAUUUUGGUUAUUGCAAUGCAAAUGGUUUUCUUGCUCCAUAUCAAGGGCAACGAUAUCAUUUAAAGGAGUUUGAUGGUCAUCGACGUGAGACUCCUCAGGAAUAUUUCAACAUGAAACACGCUAAAGCAAGGAAUGUGAUUGAGAGAUGUUUUGGAUUGUUAAAAGGAAGAUGGAAGAUCCUUUCAUCCCCUUCAUUCUUCUCGAUCCAAACUCAAAUUCGAAUCAUUAUGGCAUGCUGUUUGUUUUAUAACUUGAUUCGUAAAUAUAUGAGCCAUGAUCCUCAAGAAGAUGAAGAGGAAGAAGAAGAAGAAGAAUCAGAAAGUGAGGACGAAAGUGAAGAUGGGGAAUAUGUUACCAACAUUUGUCCAAGUGAUGAAUGGUCGGAAUUUAGAAAUAAUAUGUCAUCCAAUAUGUUCAAUGCAUGGAGAAAUAGAUAG